UCCCUCUAUACUGAAAAAUAGUGAUGAAAUUCGAAACAUAAAAGGCCCUGAUGAUCUUCUUCCUACUCCUGAACUUCAGAUUUCAAAGUUUAAGCAAACAAGGAGCUAUAAUAAGAUGGUACAGAACUACAUUGCAAGCAGAUAUGUUGAGAAAUGAAUGAAAUAAAUUUUGAAAGAUCACCAUUAUCAUUUGAAUUGUUAUAAUUGCUCUUCUGAUCUACUUCUUAAUUUUUGAACUAAUAGCUCACUUUAUUACUGGCAUUGGUGCACUGAUAAUCCUUUGAGUACUUCACUUCUUCUUGUUCCGAUUUAUUUGUCAAAAUUUAACCUUUGCAGGAGCUUCUAAAUUCUGGCUCAGAAAUGUAGAAUUCAGCUAUUGUUCUUCAACCUGAAGAAAGGUUUGUAGAGAGAUCAGAGAAAUUCAGCAAGCAAUUUUGGCUUUGUCUCAAAACCAGGAGAUUGAUAAACAAGAACUGAGUAGGACUGUACAAGUGAUCGAACAGUUCAAAAAUAUGUGCAAAGAUUGCCCUACAGAUCACUCUGGGAUUGUCAAGCUCCAAGGUUUGCUGAAAGAUACUAUGGUUACCAUUAAUGGUCAUAAAUCAUCAUUGUGGGACAUAAGUGAUGAUUACUGCCUUGAAAAUAACAACAAUAGUUUAUUUUUUUCGUUAUUUUCUGUAAAAUUUGAAGAUUUUCCUAAAAAUUCUAAAGUGAAAGAAAUAAUAUAUCUAUGAACUAAGAUUCGGAAAAACUUGGAAACCUAUUACACUACAAACUGAUUUACUAAGUACAUAAAAAUGUUUAUGUACAAACCUUUUGGAAGGAUUGAUCAGAUGAGGAAAGGGCUAGAAAAUAAAUACAAUGGUAUCCAGACUUGGUGUAAAAGUUAUGACGGAAAAAGAAUUGACUGAAUGUUCAUCCCAGCUUAUUCUGAUUCCUCAGAAGUUGAUGUUGAUUACAAAGACUGACCAACUAUGUUGUAUUGUAACCCUAACGCAGGUUAUUAUGAGUUUAUUUGAUAUCAAACAGAAUGGUUAAGCUAUGCCAGCUUAGGUAUCAAUGUUGCUCUUUGGAAUUAUAGAGGAUACGGGCAAUCAGAAGGAUCUCCGACCCUAGAAAAUAUUCGAAGAGAUGGGGAAUGCGUUCUUAAACACUUCAAAGGAAGCUUCUAUCUCACCAAUAAAAUUGGGAUUCAUGGUCACUCUCUUGGAGGUUCUGUUGCAAGCUAUAUUUCUAGUCACAAUAAGGUUGAUUUUUUGUUUGCAGAUAGAUCUUUUGAAGCAAUCUCAAAAGUUCCAGAACCAAAACUUGGAAAACUAUCUAGUCUAUUCUAUCUCGGAGUCACCUGCAACUCAGACAAUGUGGCCCCAGAUUACCUUGCUGCAGAUUGAUAUAAGAUAUUGUCCUGAGACCCAGAGGACAAUAUUAUUGAUGAUUCUUGAUCACUUUCUAGCGCAAUUUCUAGUGAAAUUAUCAACGAAGCUCUAAGUCUUUCUGGAAAUGAUACCAAAUUCAAAGAAUAUUUCCAUAUAAUAUCAAAAGAUGAGAGUUCUAAACUAUUUCAAUCAAUUAAAGAGCUUCUGAAUCUUGGAAGCAAACUUUAUUCUUGGAAAUGUUAUGAAGAUCAGCAACAAGAACUUAAAGAUUUAAGCCUGAAUCAAGAAGACUCUCAUAACCACUUUUAUGCUGGAUUUGGAAAUUCAAGUUUGGCAGAUAUUCCAAAGAUUAAUAAUAGUGACAGCUCACUAUCAUUAAAUGUAAAUUCACAGUUAAAUAAAAAGAACAUUCACCGUACAAUGUAUGGUGAAGAGUGAGAUUUAGAAGAUCCUAUCCCCAAAAGUUCUUCAUCAAAGUACCUCGAAGCCUGACAAGAAGAUGAUCUGGAUGAAGACUUUCUUAAAGUGACUAUCCCAUGAGUUGACAAGGAGCCUUCACUCAAUGAGUUACACUCAGCCCACAAAAAGGCUUUAAAAUAUUUGAAAAAGAAGGAAAAGAACUCAACUGAAAAAUCAGAUUUGAAAUCACUCUCCAAAAUUCUUGGGAAAAUCAUCAGAAUUCUUGAUAAUAUCAAUUCAAAAGGUAUCUCCCUUCUUGACAUUUACAAGUGACCGAGUUCUAGUCAAGAAAAGCAGUUCAAGAAUUUCUUCAUUAACCUUGACAUCUGGGGCUCCUGGGAAUUCUACAUAGAAAGAAGAGUCGAGGAUCUUGCUGAAUUAUAUAAGAAAUAAAGCUGCCGAAAAGGUAGAAUUUGCUACGGUUUCUCUAAUGAGGUGCCUCACUCUAAUGAGAGAUGAACAAGGUCACCUUUUAGAGUUUGUUAGAGAAAGAACAACUACUCUUCAUGACAAUUUUAGAACAAUUUCCGAAUAUUUGAAACAAAGAACAAAAACUGGAGGUAGAAAUAGAUUACAAGAUGAUAUCCAUCUUACAAAGAUUUCUCAGACUCUUAUGAAGGAGCAUGAUCUUGAAAAGAUCACAGAACUAAAUGAGCCAAAUACUGACCAAACAGAAGGUGAUCGUUUUGAAACUAUUUAUCUUGAAGAUCGUUGCAAAGCAAAAGAGAAUGAAAUAACUGAAGAAUUGAAGGUUGAAAAGAAAAAGAAAGCAUAUCACAAGUUUACCUCUCCCAACAUUGAUGAUUCUUGUAAAAACGACCCACUUGUGAAAAAUUAUGAUGUCCAAAAUUUACAAUCAAUACUGAACAAUUUCUCACUUUCUAAAAAGAUUGGCAACUUAUUAUUAACAAGAUGAGGCCACAAUGGUGACUUUAGCUACGAAGAGAAGGCUCUAUACGAGAAGCACUUAAGAGCAUCAAAUUUUAUCUAAUUUUACCUACGAAGAUUGCUUCAACC